AUGCUCUCCGCCGGGGAACGGCUUCAGCCUCCGGUCACGCCAGCCGUAGCCUCUUCCAAACUGCCUCACAUCAUGCCCGACAUGGAGCCCAACUCCAGCUCAUCCACACCCGCAAUGCUCUCCUCGAAGCCCACCGACCCAUCAACCGUCCAGCACAUCUGGGUCGUCACCGGCCCCGCGGGAUGCGGAAAGAGCACAGUAGGCCAAGGCAUCCGCAAAGAACUCGGAAUUCCGUACCUAGAAGGCGAUGAUUACCACACCGAAUCCAACAAAAUCAAAAUGGGCAGCGGCAUCCCCCUCACCGACGAAGACCGUUGGGACUGGCUGAUCUCCCUCCGCAAAGCCGCCAUCAACGCCCUCUCCCCCUCCGAAUCAAACAACUUCCACCCUCCCGCCGGCGUCGUGGUCGCAUGCUCGGCGCUGAAACAGAAGUACCGCGAUGUCAUGCGCGUUGCUGCCUACGGCUCGCCUUCCGUUCAGAUCCAUUUCAUUUACCUCAAGCUCACCGAGGAAGUCCUGAUGCAGCGCGUGAGCCAGCGCCAGGCUCACUAUAUGAAGAGUGACAUGGUUCGGUCUCAGCUGCAGGCGCUUGAGGAGCCGAAGGGUGAAUGGGAUGCUAUUACGAUUAAUGUCGAGGGAUCGCAGGAUCAGGUGCAGCAGCGUGUCUUUGAUGCUGUUUACAAAAAGAUCGCGGAGAGCGUAUGA